AUGUGGCAUGUGAAGCUAAUCAGGUCGAAAAGAGUCGAACAAACAGAACAAGUCUGCGCUAUCAGAAUGCAAGAGUUCUAUCUGGCUUUACAGGAAAUUGGAGGUGAUGUGCUGCUCUGGAAUGUCCCCGGACUUCAAGAUCCUGGGUUCUCUUGGGCUCCGCGUUCGUUUAUGAACUUGGGAUAUAAGCAAGCAUAUAGCCGGCCCGCAACGAUUACUAAGGGCGGGCUCUUUAUACAUCUAGAAGGGGUAUCCUUAGGAAGCCUCAGCCUAGCUGACUUGUUUGCUAAACCAGUCGUCCAUGUGGAUACAGAUCUUAGACAAAUAUUUCUCGGGCCUGAUAAGACAUUCUAUAGGCAUCCUCCGGACUUUGAGCCUACGAAAUCUCGUGAGUUUGAGCUCGUUAUCGCUAACUAUCUCACUCGAAAAGCUUUUGUUGAGGAUAUUGUUAAAAGGAGAGGUCCUCCCAAGCUCAUAGGCUAUAUCGUAUAUGCAGAACUUAUUGAUAGAGUAAUCGAUGAGGAUUACGUGUGUAUCAAAGGUGUUAUGAAUGGAGGAGAGAAGUUCCAACAAUAA